AUGGCUGUAUCGGAACCCUCCAGAUCUUUUCCAAUCAUCGCUGUCGAAGUUAUCAAUCCACCCAUCAAAUCUCCAGAAUCUUCAUUAUCAAGCACGAAUGACCCGGAAAAGGGUAUCACUGUUGUAUCGCCAGCACUCUCAUAUAGAGCUCACCCACCCUCCUUCAACCCUAUUUUAACAAUCAUCUCCUCUUUCACCCUCACCCUUUCAACGUGGGGUUUCUACAACAGCACCGGCAUCCUCCUUUCACACCUAUCUGUACAUCUCCUCCCCAAUACCCCACUCCCGAUUCUCUCCCUGAUCCCCACUCUCAAUGUUUUCCUCACAUUGCUCCUGUUCUUCCCUCUUGGCCCCAUAUACGACACUUACGGCCCUCUUCCUCUUCUAAUCCCAGGCUCUCUCAUAUACAUUCUUUCCCUGCUUCUCCUCUCAAUAUGCUCUUCUCUCUUUCAUUUUCUCUUGGUAUAUGGGGUUCUAAGUGCCAUAGGCAUGGCGCUCCUGUGUACAGUAGCGAACGCGAUGUUAAACACCUUUGAAGGAACAGGCUACAGAGGGCUAGCGACAGGCAUUGCGUUGGUGGGCAAUCCGACUGGUGGAAUCAUUUUUACGUUUGUAUUCCAAGCUGUGCUGGAAAGCUUGAAAUGGGGCGAUGCUAUGAGAAUCGUGGCAGGGAGUGUGGGAGUUCUUGUUGCAGUGGGAUUUUUGGCUUUCUUGCCUAGCGGGGGGUUGCGAGAAAGGGGAACUCGGAAUGAGAACGGAUCCCGGGGACCGGAUGAAGAUUGUAAUGUCAGUACGGCUUCGACCAAUACCAGAAAUGAAGCUCCGUGGUGGAAGUUCUGGCACGAGAAAAAGGUCGAGGGAGAUUGGAGUUUGUUACGUGAUAGAAGGUUUCUUUGGUGUAUGGCUGGUAUCGCGCUCUUCGAAUUCGUACUCGUAGGCGCCAUAGGUCUCCUUCCCACAUACGCACUGCAACAGGGGUUUUCAACCUCUGUUUCCUUCAACGUUGUCGCAAUUGUAAACGCCGGCUCCAUCCUCGGACGUCUCAUCUCCGGCCCGCUCUCCGACCACCUCGGCCCCUACAAUACCGUCUUUCUCUGCUUGAUCUUCAUUUCGCUCCUCGCGAACUUCGCUUUCUUCCUACCUACUUCUCUUCUCCCCACCAGCGCCUCCUCCACAUCGCUCAUACUCUUCUACCUCUACGCAUCUUUCUCAGGCCUCGGUUCCGGCGCCGUCAUGAGCGCAGCCCCCCUUUGCAUAGCCGCGCUGUGUCCGUCGCAUGUGUAUGCGAGGUGGUGGGGCGCCAGCCAGGUUGGAGUCGCCAUUGCAUGUUUCCUCAGUGUUCCUCUCGCUUCCAUUAUACUCUCCCGAGUAGCUCCUUCCCUGUUCAUUUCCUUUUUCGGAUUUGUACUUAUUUUGUCCGGUUUAGCUUUUGCGCUUGCAAGAUGGGAGGUAUUGAGGCGCGAGUGGAAGUGGAUAAUCAGGGUUUGA